CAGCAGCUGGCGUUCGAAACGUCGCAAGUUCUCCUAUUCUGUCAAAGCUAUUAUAUAACCUUCCCAAAACCUGAUUCGUCGCAUAAUUAAUAAGUUUGGGAGAAUAAUGUGAUAUUACUUCAUUCUGAAAAAGAAACAACUUGCUCCACGAGUUUUUUAUAGAGAGAUAAGACCCAUUAAGAAAACUUCCGCCUCUCCGUCGCAUCUUUACAGACAUCUGCUCGUCUGCCAAUGCCUCUGCCCCUUGAGUGCUCCGGGAAAGGCCAACAAAUAAAGUGGCCGUGGCAGAUGCUUUAUACGAGGCUUCAACCGGUUUCGCUUUGGAUUUCAAGCUUGCGUCAGAGAUUAGAAAAACUUUGGGGGCAAAGAGCAAGUCCACUUUGUGCAUUCAGCUUGUGAUGAAAUAAUUGCACCUGCUACUGCUAAAAGUACAUGAUUUGAAUUAGAAAGACAACAUUUAUGAGUAGUUAAUUUCAAAGAAGGGUCUCAUACCAUUGUCAGAAUGGUAGAUACAUUGGAAGAUUUUAUGCCACAGGACUUUUGGGAUCUUGCCCCAGUAUUACCCGAUGAUUUCAAUGACAAUGAAAUUGUAACGAUUCCAAAAGCAGUUGACAGAAACUCCACUGUUGAAACUAAGGCAAGUGGAGAGAAAGGAAAUGAAGAGUUUCCUUACACAAAUUUCUUGAUAAAUGAAGCAGAUAAUCAGUCAAGUACUGAUAUGAAUAGCAAAAAGCAAUUGAUUCAAGAGUUGGAGGAAGAAAACCAUUCAAAUAUGAGAGUAGAUGAAAUGGAAUGUUCAUGGCCUGAAAUCAAAGAAAAGAAACAGUCCAACAUUGAUUUUAAAGAGAUGAAGGAUGCCAGCUGUAAAGCAGAUAAAGAGGAAAUGGAGAACCAAGGAGUGAGGAAAAAGAUAAAAUCAGGCCGCAGGAGGUCUUCAAAAUCUGAAAAGAAACAAAAGCAGGCCAACUGUAAAACGAAAGAAAAACACUCCUGCCAUGAAGAUGGAAAGUCUUCAAGCCAGUUGUUAAGAGAGAACUGGCAUUUGAAUCAUCAGAGGAAUGAAGAAUAUCGGACAAGUCAAGGAAUAAAUGACCAAAUGUAUAUUAAUGGAAACUGUAAUGCCAUGCAUCAACCAGUAGUAAGUAACAUCAAUAAUGCCAUGCAUCAACCAGUAGUAAGUAACAUCAACAGCAUGAACGUUAUAGAAUUGCAUAUUAUUCGAGUCCUCAGUCCCAAAGGCAAACAUGGCCGGACAAGACACCUGCAUGAACAAUUUCUAUAUGUUUAUAAGUGUAGACCUGUUAAUUGGAGGGAAAGAAGAAGAUUCAGCAGGUUGCCUACAGCUCUGAAUAUAGAUUGGGUUGUACUUUUUGUUUUUGGCUUUAUUCUUUUUUUCUAUUCUAUGAUUAGUUGA